UAUGGACUUCCUCUUCAAAUUCCCACUAACACUAUAUUCUGACUACAGUGCAUUGAAACUUGUGCAGGUUUCUAUUUAGGAAAUGAAACUACUGCAGAGAAAAAGGAUGUAAGUUUGCUCUUAAUGCGACUAAAUGUUGUUUCAGUUUAACAAGAUGAACAGAGAUAUGACCAAGAUGAGACAGAGGAUAUUUGAAAUCACCAACUUUGUUAACAUGGUCUACAGACCUUUAAGGACCUUCAUUGCUCUGGUGGGUCUGGAGGUCUGGUCCACUAACGACUUAAUCUCAGUGACCAACCCUGCUGGGGCCAACCUGAACGCCUUCAUGAAAUGGAGGAAGUCGAACCUGGCGGAAAGGAUCAAACAUGACAACGCACACCUCAUCAGGUCAGAUGAAGCUCCGUUGGUACAUGCUGUGCCUGUAGACAUCAUGGAUGCAGUAACAUCCGUCACUAACGGCAUGGAUUAG